AUGUAAAUUCUCACAAAAUACAAAGUGGCAUUGAUAUAAAAUGCAAUAUUUGAAACAAAAUAAAAAAUACUUGAGGGAGUAGCUGCAUAAAUUCGUGAUUGUGUUUAAAAAGAGUGCAAAGUGAUAUUCUUAGGAGAGUUUUUUAACACUGUCUUUGAGACAAAUCAUUUAAAGAAGAAUGCCGAAGAUUUUUCAGAUAAAAAUAAUAGAGAAACAUAUAAUCUAAUGUAAUAGUUAUCAGAAGACUUAUAAAUCAUGAUAAUUGGUGGAUUGCCAGAAGUGGCAGAUGGUAAAUUAUUUAAUGCUGCAUUGGCAUUUAAUGAUGGAAAACUUGUUGGUUAAUAUAGAAAAUGUCAUUUAUUUGAUGUAGAUAUUCCAGGAGGAAUUACUCAUUUUGAAUCUAAUACUUUUGGAUAAGGUAAUGAUUAUUGUAUUUUUGAUUCAUAAUAUGGAAGAUACGGUCUUGGUAUUUGUUAUGAUAUCAGAUUUCCUGUAUUUUCUUAAGUGAUGAGAGAUUAAGGAUGUUAAGUAUUGUCAUUCCCAUCAGCAUUUAAUUAAACUACAGGACCUUUACAUUGGGAAUUAUUAAAUAGAGCAAGAGCUUUAGACAAUUAAGUGUUUGUUGCAAGUACAUAAGCAGCAAGAUAUUAUUCUGAUGAUCCUGAUUAUUAUUAAACUUGGGGUCACUCCAUUAUCACUGAUCCUAUGGGAAGAGUACUAGCAACAUGUGGAUCAGAUCCUGCAGUUUUAAUAUAGGAAAUAAACUUAUCUCUUGUUGAUUAGAUUAGAAAGAAUAUACCAACAUCAAUUUAAAAGAGAACAGAUUUAUAUUAAGUAUCCAAAGGAGGAAAAUGAA